UUUUAUUAUUUAUUUCCUUUAAAAAUACACAAAUACUUUAGAAAUGAGUUUGGCCAAGGUCAAAGCCAAGGAAACUAAAGGCAAACAAAAGUUGCUACCGAAAUUAAAAGCUAUAUUAGCGAAUCCGAACAUAACAAAAUGCCCAAUUUUAGACCAACAAGAAAUGGACCAUUUGAAAUCUCUUUUACAAAAGGCAAUUAAAGAAAGUAAACUAGAACCCAGACCUUUUGCCACCCAGAAAGGUAUAUGUUUGGGUUUGGAAAGUUCUCUUCGCAAAAUAAAUAAUCAAACAAGUGGUUGUGUCUUCAUAUCGCUGAGCAUUAAACCGAAUCAUAUAAUUAGUUUAGUGGCGAGAAAUGCACAAGUCAAGGAUGAAACACAGCCGGUAUAUGCCCAACCAAAGUUGGAAAAUUUUAUAGAGGAAUUAUUUGGGGUACAAGCCUUGUGUAUGGUGUUUCCAAAGAAUUUGCUGCCACUUAGUGUAGAACUAAACAAAUGGUUAGAGAAACGUAAGAAACCAGCAAAAAUUAAAAAAGAGGCUAUAAAAGUAAAGAAACAUUUAAAAAAGAAAUUGAUAAAGCCAAAAAAAGAAAACUCAGAAGAACAAAUUAAAGCAGACGUGAAUAAAGAGGCAAUAUCAGAGAAUGUGGUAAAACCUUGGUCGGGCGACUUUAUAUCGUUCGGUAAAAACAAUCAAGUUGAAAUGGAUGAUAUAAAACUAGAUGGAGAUCAAGCAGUUGAUGCUUUAUCGGAAAUAAUGGAUAAAAUUCCCAUUUCAAAAUCAACAAUUGCUGAAGAAACUGAGCCUAUGGAGCUGGAUGUUGAUAAAGACAUUACAGUCACUAAGGAUACUAACGCUUUGGAAGAUGCUGAUGUUUCGGAGAAUUCAGAUGAUUUUCUGAGCGAAGAAUAUAAGGCGCUAACAGUGCACAAAAUCAAAGGUAAUCCAAAUAAAAACCCUAAAAAGAAACGCAAAAAGAAUAAAAAGAAAAAGCCAGCAAAUUAAACUGAAAAUAAA